AUGUCUACUUACAAAACUUCUGAGCCACGAUUAGAGGAUGAUUUAUUUUCAGAACGAGCUCAAUUUCCCAAUGAUUUUGUACCACCAUUUCAAAAGGCUCUUAAGGAUGCCGUAAUCGCCUGCAAUGAUCUAAUUAAUUUCAUGCCUAAAAAAAAACUUGAAGAACAACAAUUUUAUGUGGGAUUUAGUGGUAGUUUUUUUCAUCAUUUGAAUCCAAGAACUUUGAAAUCAAUUCAUUUAUCAAAAUUAAUUAGCAUCGUGGGAAUUGUAUCACGAUGUUCAUUUGUUAGAUUAAAACUUGCAAAAAGUGUUCAUCACUGUGGAAAAACUGGGGAAUUCCAUCAAAAAGAAUAUAGAGAUUUUACAACAAUAGGAAAUUUCAUACCUACAUCAAAUGCCUAUCCAACUGAAGAUGGCAGCGGAAAUCAAUUGACCACUGAAUUUGGAUAUUCAGUUUAUCGUGAUCAUCAAACAAUCUGUCUUCAAGAAAUGCCGGAAAAAGCUCCUGCUGGUCAACUGCUAAGAUCAAUCGAUAUAGUAUUAGAUGAUGACUUGGUCGACAAGGUAAAACCUGGUGAUCGCAUCCAAUUGGCUGGCAUUUAUAGGGCUAUUGGAAAACCAAGUCAAAACUCUACUUCUGCAACAUUUAGAACUGUUCUUAUUGCUACAAAUAUUACCAUCUUGUCUGGCGACAUGUGUAAUAAUAUUAUUACUGCUGACGACUCUUCUAAAAUUGAAGAGAUUGCAAAACAAAGAAAAGAUGACAUAUUUGAAUUUCUCACUAAAUCGUUAGCACCUUCAAUAUAUGCUACAGCACAUGCGAAAGCACGCUUACGCGAAAAGGUUACUGUAAAGGAUGCAAAAGUAGCAGAAGAAAUUGUAAGGUUUGCCUUAUUCAAGGAAGUAAUUAACAAGAAAGUUAAAAGACGUACUAGACGUAAUAAUCAUAAAAGACGUAAAGUAAGUGUUAAUUCACAUAAAGGCAAAGGUAGAAUGGAAGUAGACUCGCCUCCAAAAGGAGAUGAAAACACAAAUCAAUCAACUUUAUCACAAAAUCGAUAUGAAACGUUCAGAGAACUAUUCAGCAAAAUCACAUCAAAGUUUUUAUCGAAAAUAAAGUAUGAUGAAUUACUCGAGGAAAUAAAUAAAUUAUCAGCAGAAAAUAAUAUAGAACAUUUUGAUGUUGAAGAAAUGAAAUCUGCUUUGGAAGCAAUGGAAAAAGAUGGUAAAGCAUUGCGUACAGAUGAUUCUGUCUUUCUAAUAUAA